AUGGGCGAGGCGGGCGGCGGCUGCGAGGCGCUGGAGCGGCUGCCGUCGGGGCAGUCCCCGGCCAUCGCGGCCGUCAUGUUCGCGGCCGGCGUGCUGGGCAACGUGGCGGCGCUGGGGCUGCUGCUGCGGGCCGGGCGCCGGCGGCGGCGGCGGCGUGGGGCCCCGCCGGGCGGCGCGUCGCCCUUCCACGGGCUGGUGACGGCGCUGGUGCUGACCGACCUGCUGGGCACCUGCCUGACCAGCCCGGUGGUGCUGGCGGCCUACGGGCGCGGGCGGGCGCUGCUGGCGCUGGGCGCCGGCGGGCGGCUGUGCCCCUACUUCGCCUUCGCCAUGAGCUUCUUCGCGCUGGCCACGGUGGGCUGCCUGGGCGCCAUGGCGCUGGAGCGCAGCCUGGCCCUGGGCGCCCCCUACCUCUACCGCCGCCUGCUCGACGGCCGGCGCGCCGCCCUCCUCCUGCCCGCCUUCUACGCCCUGUGCGCCCUCUUCUGCGCCCUGCCCCUGCUGGGCUUCGGCCGCUACGUCCAGCACUGCCCGGGCACCUGGUGCUUCAUCCAGACGCGCGCCCCGGCCGCGCGGCCCGACGCCGCCUUCGCCCUCCUCUACGCCGCCCUGCUCCUGCUCCUCAUCGCCGCCGUCCUCCUCUGCAACCUCAGCGCCGGCCUCAGCCUGCUCCGCAUGCAGCGGCGCGCCCGCCGCGCCCGACGGCUGGCCAGCGCCGCCGCCGCCGCCCUGGGGCCGCCCUCGCCCGCGCCCCGACCGCCCCCCGCCCGACGGGCCCUCUCCGUGGCCCAGGAGCUCGACCACCUCAUCCUGCUGGCCAUCAUGACCCUGGCCUUCGCCGUCUGCUCCCUGCCCUUCACCAUCCGUGUCUUCCUGAACAGAUUUACCGGGGACGGGGAUUACAGGGAAGAUCUGCGGGCCCUGCGCUUCCUGUCUAUCAACUCCAUCAUCGACCCCUGGAUUUUCACCAUUCUCCGGCCUCCCGUCCUGCGGCUCAUACGAUCCGCGCUGUGCUGCCGGAUCCCGCGGAAGCCACGAAACAGCAGCCCUUCCGUCAACAGGCCGGAGCCCAGCACACCAAUCGAGGUCUACAAAGAGUAG